CCAACCUGUCGCUGGUCGCGACGACGACGAGAACCCAACCGCAUUACCGGAAACCCUAAUUCGAGGCAGCAAUCCACCUCGUUUCUUUCUGGAUCAUGGCCUCCCCGAAGCUAAUCCUAGUUUUCCCCUUCUUCCUCCACUCACCCGAAAACCCUAUCCCUAGAAUAAUACAGAGGGGAGCAGGAUCCAUUUCUCGUUCGCUUCCUCGAAUUCAAUACGAAUCCGGUGGCUAAGGGGCUCUAGAUUUAGGUUUUGGAAAGAGAGCGAGGGAGGACGAGGGUAUUGGCGAUGCGGAAAGCUGCAGGGCACAACCGAGUGGCCGGCGUGGAGGAGGUCGGCCCGGCGCCGCUGGUGGCGGUGGCGAUCGAUGACGAUAGGAAUAGCCAGCACGCCAUAAAAUGGGCUGCAGAUCAUAUCUUGACGAUGGGGCAGAUCUUCUAUCUCCUCCAUGUCCGCCGGAAUUUCCCCAGCACCCAGACUCCAAUUGGACAGCAGUUUUCGAUGUCGAAAGCAGACGAUGAUGUUGCAUCUGCCUCUGUUGAACAAAUGGACUGUCAAACUAAAGAAAUACUUCUUCCUUUUCAAUGUUUCUGCAGCAAAAGAGGGUUGCAGUGCAAGGAAGUUAUUUUGGAUGAUGUUGAUGUGCCAAAGGCAAUUGUUGAUUUUAUCACAAACCGGGUCAUUCACAAACUAAUUUUGGGAGCAUCAUCUAGGAAUGCAUUGAUUAGACCUUUUAAGCCAGCAGACGUGCCUACCAUUGUUUCUAAGACAGCACCAAACUAUUGCUCUGUAUAUGUUAUAUCAAAGGGGAAGCUGUCUUCAACUAGGCCCGCUACUUGCCCAAUAACAUGGCAAUCAGCUUGCCAGUUUGAAACUGACACUGCCAAAAAUCAAUUCCAAUCGAUCAAAAGUGAACCGAGUGCCAGGGACCAUAAUAGAGCACCUGCAAGGUUUCAUUCUUCUGUGUUUGGUUAUGAUCGUGAUAAUGGGUCAUUUCAAAGGAGCUAUGAAGCCAGCAUCAGGGAAAAGAUCAGUAGGGACAGCCAUGCAGGAGCUCAUCUUGACUUUUCAUAUCAGAGUGUCGCUUCAUGUCCCAGCCCAAGUAGGACAAGUACUUACCAAUCAAACAAUUAUGUUCCUCGGGGAUUUCAUCAUAUCGGGGACCACCAUUCUUUUAUGUCUAAUGCACGCAGUGAAUAUAGUUUCUACAAUUUCCAUGAUGAGCAACAGAAAAGCUUGGAGUUAAACAAGAGCAGUGGUGCCUAUUCGUCAAGUGGUUCAGGACCCAGUGGAUAUGAGCCUUUAUCUUGGAUCUUGAAGGAGGAAUCUACUUCUCUGUAUAACUAUUCAGUGGCAAAUUGUGGCAAGGCUGAUGGAGUCCUGAGAAUGGAGGAGCCAAGAUUGGCUGGAGAAAUGACACCUUCUAUGGCAGAAAAGGAACAAAACCCUAAGAUAUUGCUCAAAAUGAAGUUUUCAGAUCGUUUUAAUUCAAAUGUUCAGUAUAGGAGAUAUACCAUUGAAGAGAUUCAGAAGGCGACUGAUAAUUUUUCAGAUGCCUUAAUGAUUGGGGAGGGAGGAUACGGACCUGUUUACAAAGGUAACCUUGAUCAUACUGUUGUUGCAAUCAAGAUUCUUCGAUCUGAUCCAACUCAAGGAAUGAAACAAUUUCAUCAAGAGGUGGAGAUUCUGAGCUGCAUUCGCCAUCCAAAUGUGGUCCUCCUCAUGGGUGCAUGCCCAGAAUACGGAUCUCUCGUGUAUGAACACAUGGCCAAUGGCAGCCUUGAAGACCGUCUUUUCUGCAAAAACAACACUCCACCACUCUCUUGGCAUCUCCGUUUCAAGAUUGCAGCAGAGAUAGCCACUGGCCUGCUCUUCCUCCACCAGACUAAGCCCGAGCCCCUUGUUCAUCGUGAUCUCAAGCCUGGCAAUAUUCUUCUUGACCAGAAAUUUGUUAGCAAGAUUGCAGAUGUUGGCCUUGCACGCCUUAUUCCUCCUGCUUCUGCAGGCUCAGUCACUACACAAUAUUGCAUGACUUCUGCAGCUGGAACUCUCUGUUACAUUGACCCUGAGUACCAGACAACCGGAUUGCUCAGCGUUAAAUCUGAUAUCUAUGCCCUUGGAAUCAUCCUUCUACAGCUGAUCACUGCACGACCACCCAUGGGGCUUGCACAUAAUGUCGACAACGCUUUGGAGAACAGAAUGCUGGGCAAGCUAUUGGAUCCUAAUGUGCCAGACUGGCCAAUGGAUGAUACAGUGAAGCUUGCACGGUUAGCUCUGAAGUGUGCCGAGCUUCGGCGCAAAGAUCGGCCAGAUUUAGCUAAUGUUAUAUUACCAGAGCUGAAUCAAUUGAGAGCAUUGGCUGCAUCGGCAGAGGAUGCCUUCAGGAGUAACUAUUAGCCAUGGUAUGGAAUGUUCAGGUUACCAUGUUGAAAUUUUCCACUCGUUUCUGUGCUUCAUAUCAUGAAAUAGAAUGAAGUACUGUUUCUAUUUUCUUUAUGUAAUUUAGAACUGCCUUUCUUUCUUUUCGAAUGAUUUUUUUUUUUUUCAUGGAGACUACAGUCUUCUGUUUAUAUGUACUAUGACAACCAAGAGCCCAUUCUUUGAUGGAUAAACAUCACCGAAAAGU